GGUAUGUGAAAUUGUACUAGGUCUACAAAGUAAAAUCAGUAGCUUUGACAGACCUAUGUAGUUCAAAAAAAUAAUUUCAUUUGCAGACUGUAUCAGAAGGUUAAUAAGCAGGAGUUUGGAGAGCAGAGUGGGGAGGGAAUGCUAGCAGCUUUGGAAAGGCAGGUAGAAUCCUACAAUGCAGCAUGUGAUGACAGCUGUGCAAAGCUUGGAAUGUCUUCAGCAGGAACACCACUUGUAGCCAUUUGUUCACCUUUGAUGAAACGAACACACAGUCUUUCCAAUAGUGGAGAGAUGUGUUUUAUGGAUUCUUCUGGUAACAUGGACCGGGAGAACUGCAGGGUGUUUCUCCUUCUCACACACACCUGUGCAGGUGGUCUUCCUCUUGGGAUAGUAAUAGCCCAGUCGGAAGAUGAGAGGACAAUUAGUGAGGGAUUGACGCUAUUUAAGUCCUUAUUGACAAAAGAUGCCUUUGGAGGGAGAGGUGAGGCAGGCCCUUGUGUGUUUCUUACAGAUGACUCAAAGGCAGAAAAGGGAGCUAUAGCCCAGGUCUUUCCUGAAGCCACACAGCUGCUCUGCAUAUUUCAUCUUUUGCAAGCUGUGUGGAGGUGGUUGUGGAACAAAGAACACAAAGUUGAGAUGAAGGAAAGACAGACACUGUUCAGCAUAGUAAAAGACAUGCUUUAUGCCAGGGAGAUGAGUAAAGUUGAAUUACUCUACCAGCAAGCCCUGAACAACCCUUUGACCACCAGAUACAAGAAGUUCCUAACCUACCUACAGAGUCUUUACAGUCGACGUGAGAGUUGGGCUCUCAGCUAUAGAAGGGACUUGCCAACACGUGGCAACCAAACAAAUAACUAUGUGGAAGCUGCUAUGCGUGUCUUGAAAGACAAAAUACUUCAGAGGAACAGCUCACACAUAGACUGACACUACCUUCUUUAGAUAUUUUAACAAAUAUGUCCUGUUUAUCAUCU